AUGUCCUCAUCACCAAACGAGUCAAAGGCUCUGUGUGACUACCUCGGAAUAGAGGAAGAGGUGGACUAUGGUAGCGAUACCGGUAACACCCCAAAUCCGUUCGCUGAACGUGGAGGUGCGAGCGCGCCGCCAGCGCAGCAUGCAGCAUCUGGUUCUGAUGAGACUAUCAUCGCGAACCCGCUCGAUGAGCAACAACAACUGCUUGUUCAAAGAGAAGAAAACGCUCAGCGUUAUGCACAGAUGACUGCAACCCUUGAACGCCAGCGUGAUUAUGUGUUCACCCCACCCAGUGUGGAGGAACGUCUGCGUCAAGCGGCCGGCCAAACAUUGGCAACGUGGGUCAUUGGCCAUGGGCCUAAGACUCCUGAGGAGGUGGUGAGCUGCCAGGCACUUCGUGAGAGGUACCUUGAGCCGCACCUAACGACUCAAAGUCAAUACAAGGCACGCCUUGACAUGCAAGCACGUGGUGCACCAGUUCCACCGAUGAAGGGUAUACCCAUUCUCCUGCUCGCAGGCGAAACAGCGAGUGAAGAAGACGAUGCCUUUGUUCACUGGGUGCACUAUGUGCGUCGCCUCAGCAACAUUUUUGCUCUAAGGGCUAGUGCCCAUGCGGCGGAUGUGCGUCUCGAACGCAAGCUUCGGUAUGAUUAUGGCAAGCUUAAGGCCAGAGGCCAAUUGCGCAAGCGCACGCGCUAUGCUUCGGCUACUAAGGUAGCCGCGAGUGCUGGUCAGUCUGUGACCAACAACCCGCCAACCCGCACCAAUAGUGGUGGUGAACGGCCUCGGCCUCGAGAUGACCAUGGCCACGAUGCUCAAAAGCCUCCAAAGCAUAUGGGCAGUCUUGCCGAAGGGGUACCUCAAAUUCCCAUGAGUUUUCAGACUCAGGGUACCCCCUCCACUUUACCAGAUACUGUUAUUGGCCCUGACGACGACGUCGUUUCAGUAGUCUCUCGACAUGGAAUUGACGACACCCAUGCUCAUCGAGCAAAGUCGGUGGCGGCCGGUGUACCGGUGGAGGCCCACGAGAAAUUGGUUCUCGAAGUGAAGGGUCUUCAAGAGGCCUUGGGUAAGUCCCAGUGCAUGCUGGAUGCGAUGCAAAGCCGCCUUCAGGCGAUGGAGCAAGCUCAAACUCGGAGCGAGGCUCAGUUGGACUUGCUGAUUCGUCUACAGCAAUCCGGGGCAGUGCCCUUGUCGUCGGCGCAAGCGCCUCCAAGUUCACAUGGGAAGGAUCCCGGUACGGCUUUAGUAAGCCUACGUAAAACACAGGAUGUGUGCGCAAUUUGCGCGGGAGGUUUAGCGUAUACGCAAGUCCCUUUCUGGCCGUGA